AUGGCGAAAACGCUCAUUUCGUCGCCUUCGUUCCUCGGCACGCCGCUUCCCUCGCUCCCUCGCCACCACCGCAACACCACCAGGCUUGUCGCCACCAAGGUUCACGUCAGCCUCCACCAAAUUCCCCCUAUUCACUCUAUAAGCCAUUCCAUUGACUUCGCCGGAAUCGCUACCAGAGCCGAAGGCCUUCUUUACACGCUCGCCGACGCCGCGGUUGCAGCGGACCCGGCCGCUUCCACCACCGAUGCCGCCGUGCAGAAGAGCGGAGGCUGGUUCGGCUUCAUCUCCGAAGCCAUGGAGGCCGUUCUCAAGGUGUUGAAGGAUGGUCUUUCUGCUGUACAUGUGCCUUAUGCAUAUGGGUUUGCUAUCAUAUUACUCACUGUUAUAGUUAAGGCCGCAACACUUCCCUUGACAAAACAACAGGUUGAAUCUACACUGGCUAUGCAAAAUCUUCAGCCAAAAAUUAAGGCCAUUCAAGAAAGAUAUGCUGGCAAUCAGGAAAGAAUACAACUUGAGACAUCAAGGUUAUAUCGGCAGGCUGGGGUUAACCCAUUGGCAGGUUGUUUACCUACUUUGGCUACAAUUCCAGUCUGGAUUGGUCUCUACCAAGCUUUAUCAAAUGUGGCAAAUGAAGGACUGUUAACUGAAGGUUUCUUUUGGAUCCCCUCUUUGGCUGGUCCUACUACCAUUGCUGCUAGACAAAGUGGAGCUGGAAUUUCUUGGCUUUUUCCAUUUGUGGAUGGGCAUCCACCUUUGGGUUGGCAAGAUACUGCAGCAUAUCUUGUUUUACCUAUUCUUCUUAUUGUUUCUCAAUAUGUUUCAAUGGAAAUCAUGAAACCACCUCAGACAGAUCCUUCUCAAAAGAAUCAACUUCUUAUUUUAAAGUUUCUUCCACUCAUGAUCGGCUACUUCUCACUAUCUGUCCCAUCAGGAUUAACAAUUUACUGGUUUAUAAACAAUGUCCUGAGCACAGCUCAACAAGUAUGGUUGCGCAAAUUGGGAGGUGCAAAGCCUGUUGUGAAUGAAAAUGCCAGUGGGAUUAUUACUGCAGGACGUGCUAAAAGAUCAGAUUCGCUGCCAGCAAGAGGCGGUGAAAGGUUUAAGCAGUUAAAAGAAGAGGAAAAGAAGAAGAAGUUAAGCAAGGCACUGCCAAUGGAAGAUGUUCAGCCACUGGCUUCUGUUUCUGCUUCUGAUGAUGGUUCAGAUGCAGAAAGUGACAACAAGGAAGAGGAAGUUGCAGAAGAAGCCUAUGCUUCUAAAAUUGGUGAAGAGGUUCAAAUUAAUUCUAGGGAAAGAAGAAGCAAGCGUUCGAAGCGGAAGCGUGCAGUAUAA